AUCUUCCCAGAGUGAUGAGUUGGUACAGUGGACAGAGCUCCUUCCCACCUCUCAUGGUGAGUGAGCAUCGAUCGUCAUCAUCAGCUCCAGGUGACGGUUUCGGCUUCAAUUCCUCCGUCGAAGCAUUCCUGUUCACGAAAUCUGUUGAUUUUCGUCCAUUUCUGAGUUGUUUUUUCAAUCAGUAGCCUGAACUGAUUAGCUGGUUCCUGCAAGAAUCGACGCAUUCUCCUUCCACCUUAUCGUGUCCUUCAAUGUCGUUAAGGUGGUGGUGGUGGUGGUUGUUUUUUUUUUUUUUCCCCUCUCCCCCGAUUCUCUUCUUUUUACAGUAAAUACAUGCCGAUGGCCUGCAUUUUGGGAGCUGUUACGAUGCAGUCUGGUUCAUUAGUAAUGGAAAAUGAAGUCCCCGAAAGGUUAUACAUGACCCUAGCAACUUCUGCUAUCCCAUCCCGAAGCCAGGAACCGAGUUUUAGUAGACAACACUCAAGCACUAGCUUUCGCUUAAAGUCCACAUCUUUCUCAGGGGAAAGUCUUCUGAUGAAAAGACAUGACUGGAGAAUAGCCUUUGCUCUUAACACGGGCGGGAUUUCGGGCAAUGGCGAUGAAGAGAGCCUUAACGGCGACAAUGCUGAUCUAAACAGAACCCGAUUGGGAAGGAUCGUUAUAGCCGGUGGAAGACAACUUUUACAGAAGCUGAACUCUGCUCGAAAGAACUUCCCUAUGAAGAUAUUUCUCCUAUUAUUGGGUUUCUACACAGCAAAUGCCCUUGCUACGAUUCUUGGGCAGACUGGGGACUGGGACGUGCUUGUAGCAGGUGUUGUGGUUGCCGCCAUUGAAGGGAUCGGUAUGCUUAUGUAUAGGAAGCCCCCUUCUCUUUCGAGCACGAGAUUCCAGUCCUUUGUCGUGAUGAUGAAUUACUGGAAAGCGGGUGUUUGCUUGGGCCUAUUUGUUGAUGCUUUCAAGCUAGGUAGCUAGAGACCUUCACUUGAUGCCAUGUUAACCCACUGUAAAGGGCAACCUCAGAUGUUUUCUUCAAUAAUUUCUCUUUUCUUGAAGAAAGGAAAAGGGGGAAACUUGGAAAUUCUUUAUGUCCUUCAAGACCAAGUCACCAAAUUCAAACUGAAUGUGAACAGUUGAGAAGGCACUACAUGAUGGUGAUUGAAAGGUUGGUGGUUAUGGGUUCAACACCAACCGAAAUUUCAGAACCAGAGCUUAUUCUUAUGCAGAUUAGUUGUCUUCAUCAAUGUGGUUAUGUACUUGACUUCAUUCUCUCGGUCAGUACCAAUUGCUGAAUCUGAUAGGGAAAGGUGACUUAACGAGGCUAAAGCCUUUUCCGGGCUCCUGCUGUUUUAGAAGCCAAGAAGUCUUUGGUGUAAUACUUUUUCGGGUAUUCUGUAGCUAGAUAAGUCUCUUUCUAUUGGGUUGGUACAGAUUGUAAACCCAUUGAUUACAUUCAUUUCACUUGUUUGUCUUCGAAUGGGCUUCCUUGGUCUUAAGCAAUUGGCAGCUAAUGUAUUCUUCUGAAUCUUC